UGUCACCAUGGUCACUGGUGGCAAAUCAGCAGAUGUUGUAUUUGCGCAUGUGGGCUCCAGCUCGCACACAUGAAAGUGGAGCUGCCUGGUUGGGUUUGAAGUGCGGUGCCAUGUGUGGUGGACGCCGACGCACACUCGAGACCACGCAAAUUUGAGAACCAGAACAUCAAGAUGGGAUCUACAGUUUCACCCGAUCUUGCCAACAACGGCUCCAGCUGCAACACCCUGUACGAGCACAGGAGCUACGCCCGGGUCCUCAUGCCCAUCAUCUACACCGUGAUCUUCGUGGUUGGCCUUCUGGGCAACGCCUUGGCCUUGCACGUCAUCCGUCCCAACCUGAAGAAGAUGAACUCCACCACUCUGUACUCGCUCAACCUGGUGAUUUCUGACAUCCUCUUCACGCUGUCGCUUCCUGUGAGGAUCACCUACUACGCGCUGGGCUUCCACUGGCCCCUUGGCGAGGCCGUGUGCAAGAUCUCAGGCCUCAUCUUCUACAUAAACACUUAUGCCGGCGUCAACUUUAUGACCUGCCUGAGCGUCGACCGCUUCAUCGCCGUCGUCCUGCCGCUCCGCUUCGCCCGGCUGCGUAAUGUUGGCAACGUGCGCUACAUUUGCGGCCUGGUGUGGCUGCUGGUCCUGGCGCAGACCCUCCCGCUCCUUGGCAUGCCAAUGACCAACAAUGAACCGGACACCUACAUCACCUGCAUGGAAUACCCCAAUUUCGAGAAGGUAGACCAUAUCGCUAACAUUCUCAUUGGCGCCGUCUUCCUGGGUUACAUUCUCCCAAUGAUCACUAUCCUGGUGUGCUACUCCAUCCUGUGCUUCAAACUCCACUCCACGGCCAAGGCCAACCACCUGACUGAAAAAUUAGGCCGAAGCCGCAAGGCCAUCGGCGUCAUCUGCUGUGUGUCCCUUGUCUUCGUGGUCUGCUACAGCCCCUAUCACAUCAACAUCCUGCAGUACAUGGUCCGCAAGGUGGUGAACAACCCGGACUGCGCCGAUCUAACCGCCUUCCAGGUGUCCCUGCACAUCACAGUCAUUCUCAUGAACCUCAACGCAUGCCUGGACCCGUUUGUCUAUUUCUUUGCCUGCAAAGGCUACAAGAGGAAGCUCCUGAAGCUCCUCAAGCUGGAGGUCAGUAUGUCGGUUUCCAGCGCCGUCAGGACGUUGCCCGAAGGCUCCUCCAAGGACGUUAUCGACGGCAACAAGAUCCAACUCAACGGGUGCGCUUCGAGCUCGGCCACAGAGAGGCUGAUGGAGAGGAGAUCGCAGCAGUAUGUGUAAAUCAGAAGACUGAAAAGUUGAAAGGAUCCAGGCAAUACCUUUCAGUAGGACGAUAUUUGACAAAUGUGUCAAAGAUUUGGGUCAGAAUGUUCCCUGACUGACAAAUUCUGUGGUUUAGAUCUCUUGAAGUUCCUAGUGAAACAAUCAAUUAAGUGUGGAUGAACACUGUCCAUCACCAGGCUGUGAACUUCUUUUCCUGCUACUACUUCACAAUUUGAAUGUUUUGCUUCAACUGUCACAAGUCACUUGUAAUAAAUCUAUGCCGGUUUGACAUUUACAGGCUGUCAAGCACCUGCCAAAACAAGGGGGGAAGCUUUUGUUUUUCAACCAAAAGUGAAUACUGUAAAUAUGAAUAUUACAUUUUGAAUGUAAAGUUAGCAAUAAAUAAAGGCUAUAAAUGAA